UAUGUAUCAAAAUCACAACAAAAUAAAAAUAAAAAACCAAACAGAGAUAGACUCUCUCUAUAUAUAAUGUUAAGCGUCCAAGUAUUUUUUUUUUAUCAAUCCAAGUCUAAGGCUUCUGUGCAGUUUGCGUCUCUCUUGAUAUCUGAGAAUAACAUAGCUUGAGUCUUAGAUAUGGGUGACAUUGAUGGAUGGGCAAACAUUCACCAUGACAUCUUGCAGGAAAUUUCAAAGCACUUCUAUUCAUACGAUGAUUUCAUCCAACUACGUUUAGUUUGCAAGCAAUGGAGCUUGAAACUUCCAGAGAUCUCCAGCAAGAUUUUGUGGCUGCUGGUACCUGAAUCUUUCAGUGAUUAUUUUUCUGAGGAAGAGGAGGCAGGCUACCAUUCCAGGCAACCUAUUGCUGAUGAAGUACCACUUGAUAUUCAGUCUCUUGAUGAAGACAAGAUCCACCAUCUCAAGCUACCAGAGAUGCAGACCAAAUUGAUCCGUGGUUCUUUUGGUGGAUGGUUGAUCGUCCUAGAUAUAUACCAAGGUUCGAUGUAUAUGUUAGAUGCAUUUACAAAGGUCCGUUUAGAUCUUCCUCCAAUAUCAACUUUUCCGGAUAUAAUUGACUACAAUCCUAACAAUCGUGGCUUUGAAUAUACUAUUCGGGAUUUCGGUGAUGUCCAUAUGGAUGAUUACGGGCCGCAGGAAUCGAGCGGUUUCGUAAAUUGUUCCCAUGUUUGGAAGGUUAUUAUAAAUUCAUGUCCUAGUAAUGACAAUGAAGAUUUUAUGGCAGUGGCUAUAUAUGGACCUCGUCUUACGUUAGCCUUUUACAAACCAAAUGAUAAGAGAUGGUUAGAUCUUUCAACUAGAAAACCAUUGUUUCAUGAUGUCAUAUUUUUUGGAGAGAAGAUAUAUGCAGUGGAAGAACGUGGCCAGCUAUACGAAUUUGAUACAAACACAAAGUCAGGGCCUGUAGGUGGUAUUCAUGAAGCCAAACCUCCCUACGAUGAUGCUGCGCGGGGUCCUUUGCAGCUUAAAUAUUUGGUUGGGUGUGCUAAUGGAAGUUUAUUGAUGUUGGUGAGACAUUCUACCUUUCAUCGUGGAGUUCCUCGUAUUUACAAAUUUGAUAUCUAUGAAUUGAAGAAGAAUGCAAAAGAAUGGUGCAGACUAGAUAGUUUGAAAAAUUGCGUAGUGAUCAUUGGACUCAACUCUUCUGUUCAAAUGCUGCCUGCGAGUAUUCAAACCAAAGGAAAUCAAAUCUACUUUACUGAUGAAAACCUACUAGAUUGGAAAACAUGGAACUGUGCCGAACAUCAAAAUAUUGGCAUCUUCGACUUGGACGAUGGAAGUUGUCAAAGACUAUUAUCCGAUGUAAAGUUCAUGUGUUCUCCUGUCUGGUGUUAUUCUAGCUCAUUACUUUAGUUUUUUUUUUCUUUUUUAUUUUGUAUUUUAAAAGAUUAUUUGCAAAGCGUUUGUUCUUCCUUACAGUAAAAUUUUGAUGAAGACAUGCUUAUCUUCA